AUGAAUAAAUACGAAUUAAACGCAGAUAAUCACGAAGUUUAUCCAGCUCGAAAGAGUAUUAGAAAAUCCUUAUUCUGCCACUGUUGCUGUUGCGUGGGAAGCUUUAUUAAUGGUUGUCAACUCAGUUCCAAAAGAGAUGCUUCCGUCAUAUAUAAGUUGGUACGUGAUGCUGUAUCUACUGCAAGAGAUAAGGAGCGCAGAAGAAAGAAGGGAGGCCCCGUUGUCAUUCCUGGAUUCUCUCUUCCAAAAGCGCUUCAACCACUGCUUCCAAUAUUUCUUCAGGGUCUGAUUAGUGGGUCAGCUGAACUGAGACAGCAGGCAGCCCUAGGUCUUGGGGAGCUUAUAGAAGUGACUAGUGAGCAAUCACUGAAACAGUUUGUCAUUCCAAUUACUGGGCCACUUAUUCGAAUCAUAGGUGAUUGUUUUCCUUGGCAAGUCAAGAGUGCUAUUUUAUCUACAUUGAGUAUCAUGAUCCGAAAGGGUGGGACCGCACUGAAACCUUUUCUUCCUCAGCUGCAAACAACAUUUAUCAAGUGUCUGCAAGAUAACACAAGGACUGUUCGCUCAAGUGCUGCCCUCGCACUGGGUAAGCUUAGUGCAUUGAGUAGCAGGGUUGACCCAUUAGGCAGUGACCUCCUAUCUAGUUUGCAGGCAUCUGAUUCUGGAGUAAGGGAGGCCAUAUUGACUGCUUUAAAAGGUGUUGUAAAGCAUGCUGGUAAGAGUGUAAGCCCAGCUACUAGGACUCGUGUCUACGCACUUCUCAAGGAUUUGAUUCAUCAGGAUGAUGACCAAGUUCGAGUGUUUGCUUUUAGCAUACUGGGUGUUUUAUCGCAGUAUAUGGAAGAAUCUGAGCUGUCAGACCUUCUUCAAGAACUUCUACAACUAUCCUCUUCUUCAAGCUGGGCUGAUCGUCAUGGUGCAGUUCUUACGUUCCAUGAUGAAAAGGAGGUCUUGGUUGAUAGGCUGGCUUUUGAUUUGCCGCAUAGCUGA